AUGACCGGCGGGGGAUUCACGGUGAAUGCACCGUCCAGUGGCUUCCACAGCGGCAAGAUAACACUCUCUGUUCUUAUAACUUGCGUCGUUGCUGCAUCCAGUGGACUCAUUUUUGGAUAUGACGUCGGAGUUUCGGGAGGUGUAACGACAAUGGUACCAUUUCUUAAAAAGUUCUUUCCAUCGAUACUAAGAAAUGCAUCGGGUUCCGAAGUAAACAUGUAUUGUGUGUAUGACAGCGAAGUGUUGACAUUAUUCACCUCUUCUCUUUAUCUUGCUGGGUUGGUGUCAUCUCUGGCAGCUGGUAGGGUUACAACAAAGUUUGGUCGAAGAAACACCAUCAUGUUGGGUGGGGCCAUCUUUCUUGUUGGUGGUGUUCUUAACGGAGCCGCACAAAGUAUUGCCAUGCUCAUUUUUGGUCGUAUUCUUCUUGGCCUGGGAGUUGGCUUCACUAAUCAGGCUACGCCACUGUACCUUUCCGAAAUCGCACCACCCAAAUGGCGAGGCGCUUUCAACACAGGCUUUCAAUUUUUUCUCGGGAUUGGGGUAGUUGCCGCCGGCAGCAUAAACUACAGAACGGCGAAGUACACUUGGGGGUGGCGAGUCUCUCUCGGCCUCGCCGUGGUGCCUGCAGCAGUUAUGACAGUUGGUGCCUUUCUCAUAACUGACACCCCGAGCAGUUUAGUUGAACGUGGGAAGAUAGACGAAGCUAGAAAAGCCUUGCGCAAAGUAAGAGGAUCCCACGUUGAUGUUGAACCGGAGAUGGAGGAGCUCAUGAACCGGUCACAUAAUGUGAAUUCUGUGGAGCAGGAGGAGCCCUUCAUGACUGUAUUUGAGAGGAAGUAUCGACCUCACUUGGUGAUGGCGGUUGCUAUCCCACUUUUUCAGCAGCUUACGGGCAUCAACAUCGUCGCAUUCUACUCACCUAACCUUUUUCAGUCCGUGGGAUUGGGACACAGUGCAGCUUUACUUUCUAGCGUAGUCCUUGGACUUGUCAACCUUGUUUCCAUCAUCGUCUCAUCUUUUUUUGUUGAUGAGUUUGGUAGAAGGUUCUUAUUCAUUACUGGUGGAAUAGUCAUGCUUGUCUGUCAGAUUGCGGUGUCCGGUUUGCUAGCUGUGGUGACGGGUGUUGAUGGUAGAAAUGACAUAUCAAAGGGUAAAGCCGUGAUGGUAUUGGUGUUAUUGUGCAUUUAUGCUGCAGGUUUUGGUUGGUCAUGGGGUCCUCUGACCUGGCUAAUUCCAAGUGAAAUUUUCCCCUUAAAAAUCAGAACCACUGGGCAAAGCAUAGCAGUGGGGGUGCAGUUCAUAACACUAUUUGCGUUAUCGCAGACAUUUUUGACAAUGCUGUGUCACUUCAAGUUCGGCGCCUUCUUGUUCUAUGCCGUUUGGAUUGCAGUGAUGACCCUCUUCAUUACAUUUUUCUUGCCUGAGACCAAAGGAAUUCCUCUCGAGUCAAUGCACGUCAUAUGGGGCAAACACUGGUUUUGGAGGAGGUUUGUUACAGGAGUAGCUGACCAAGCAUAAAAAUUGUUGGCAGAAGCAGUAAUGUAUGAACUUACAUAAAUUAUGUGGA